AUGGAAUAUACACGCGACAGAGAAUACAGCGAAACAUCAGAGCGACAUAGCAUGAUCAACGACACAACGGCAAGGCAGUUAUAUACACAUCCACAAUAUGAUGUACACUCGUAUCUUCCUCAAAGGAACACACAGGCAAGCGUCACCGACCAGGUCAGAAAAUGGGCGAUCCGGUAUGAUGACAGCAGCGAUCCAUUGACGUUUAUCGAGCGAUUGGAAGAAUUAGCGGAUCUGUAUGCCAUAUCAACGAACAUGUUGCCUCGAACAAUGCCCCUGUUACUAGAUGGACAAGGUUUGGUGUGGUUUAGAUACAAUAAGAAAGACUGGAAUCACUGGGAAGCGUUCAAGAGAGAUUUUCUGGAAUUUUUUCUACCACAUCAAUAUUUCGAGCGAUUGGAGGACGAACUGAGAAAUCGAUUGCAGAAACCAGGAGAGACGUUUAAAAUGUAUCUUUUGGAACUACAAAAACUAAUGCGACACGCAGGUUUAAAUCAAGAGUCACAAUUAGAACGAGUAUAUCGCAACAUGAGCACAGAGUACCAAAUAUACAUCAAACGUCGGAAUUUCACUUGUCUAAAGGAAUUAAUAGCACUAGCUGAGGACUUCGAAGAACUACGCGAAGAGCAGCAUGAAGUAAAUCGAGCACGAGAUAGCGAGGUAAUCUUCGGGCGCGUAGCAGUGGAAUGUGCACGACCGGUGAUAAUACAGAAGACCGUGAGACGCAUAGCCAAUACAUUGAAAUGUGAUAAAGUCAUUCAUAGUCCAGUCUCCAAGUCACCUUUCCGCAACCAGCAGCAAUACCAGCCAAUCACCAAGCAAACACCUACAGGAACAUCUAAAAUUAUAACUUCAACUACUCCAGCAAGUAUACCAACACAAAGCAUGCGACAUCGAAAUGACGCGGAACAACAUCAUGUAUCACCGCAAGAUCGAAGACUAAUCCCAGAAAAUCCAAAAAUAAUUAAGCAACAGCAAGUUCCACAAGAGCAAGAGUCAUUACCAGUCCAAUUGAAACAAAUGCAACAAGUGCAAGAUCCGAGUUCUAUCAGGCUGCAAAUACUAGAAGUACAACCGGAACAAAGUCCUAAAGUCAAAGAAAUGUCAGCAGAGUAUUGUCAACCACGAGUCAUACAAAAACAGGAAAUAUUACAAGUUGAAAUGAAGCAAGCAGCACAGCACCAAGAUCUAAAACAUAUAAAAAAGGAAAUACCAGAAAUACCACGACAACCA